AUGAAACUCCUAUAUGUUUAAUUGUAAUUGAGUGACACUUAAUCUGGAUCUGCUUAAUGUGUCUGUUUGAUUAGUUAAUCUUCUUCUGAAUCAUCUGAAAAACUCAUUAAUAUAUGCAUAUCUGUAAUAUAUUAUUUUAUUUUAGAAAGAAAAAGAAAUGCAUUCGAAGGGUAAGAGAACUUUAGGUAAUAUAAAAUGAUGGAGUAUUUAGGCCCAAUAUAAAAAAUCAAUACCCCUUCCUUUGAUUUUCAAUCAGCCUUUAAGGAACAUUAGGAAGUAGAGGAAAGGAUUAAAAAAGAAACUGAAACCCAAGACCCAAGGUAUUGUGACUCACAUAUUUUCAAGGAAACUUGUGAUGAAUCUAUUGAACGAUAGAGACAACUUACAACCCAUAGAUGGCACUCUAACUAGUUCAUAAUUUGGGAUGAAGAAAAAGGUAAUUCUAAUUUAUAUAUUCUUAAAAUAGAUAAACCUACGUACUAAUCGAUAGGUUAAAAGUUAAGUGCCUUUACUUACUGGUUAGAUCAAGAAUUUGACUUCACUUAAUUUUAAUUCUCCAUCCAAUACAUUGAAAUUUGAUGUGGAUUCCUAAUUCAAUUCCAAAAGGUCAAAUUUCAUUCCAAAUUUUAUAAAUUCAGGCAGGAAUUUCGAUGUGGAAGUGAAAGGAACCUUGGGCGAAGAAUUCACUGAAUUUUAGAUGUGUAAUUACCUUAAUUCAAUAAUUAGAUGAUGAUGACUCAUAACCUGAGGACAUUCCAAAAAAUAAGAAUUUCUCCAAUGGAGGCAGAAUGGCCAAUAAAAAAUUGAAGGAUUACGAUUGUUGGGAUGAAGACAAAACUCCUGAACAAUGGAUUGAAUUAUGUCGUAAAACCAAUCCUCCACAUGCCAAGUGUCCACUUUUUGAUCAUUCGGACAAAUACAUUUGGACAGACGUUGAAGUUCUUAGCUAUCAAGAUGGACGCUAUGAAGUUAAAGUAUUGAGAAAUAAUAAAAUCAAAUGGAUUGGAAGACUGUCUUUAUUGUUCUUUGCAGAAGACCCCAUUAAGUUUGAAUAGAGAGUAGAAUUGUGUAAGUAAAGAUAAAGAAAUGCUGAUGAUGAAUAUCGAUUUCUUAAAUACAUCGAUUCUUUGCCUGAUUCAAUGACAUCUACUUUGUCGACUGAAAUGCAAAAGAAGAUUGAUGAUUUCACCUACUUCAGAGAAUUACCUUAUAUAACAAAAGAGGAUCCUAGCAAAACAGCCCCAGGAUUUCCAUAAAUACAAAGCUUAAAGGAUGAAUCAAAGACAAUGAUUACAGACCCAGAAAUAAAGAGAAAAUAAUUACAGAAUUUGGAUCUACUCAAAAAAGAUCUAGUUAAACAAGUAGAAAAAGAGUACAUUAUGCUCAUGAAGAAAUGCUCAAUUCUAAAAGAUAUGGAAAUUAAUAAAAAUGAUAUUAAAUGGAUCCAACUUAGAAUCAGAAAUAGAUUUGAGUAGAUCAAAAAACCAUUCUAUGGAUUGUGUAAACAGUUUGGAAGUGAUACCAAGAUCAUUACUUAUGAAUCAUAAGCUCAAUCAGCUAAAUCAUUUAAUAAAUAAUAAGAGUAUUGGGCAUUUGUCCCUACUAGAUAAGUUAUCUAAUCAUUACAUUAUUCCAAAUUGACUGUUGUUGUUAAUACACUUAAUGCCUUGACUGCAAGAUCUCAAUUAUAUCAAAACUUCCCAUUGUUAAAUGUAUUGCUGAAUCAUCAAUCACUUCCAAUGACUCUAUCCAAUUUUGAAAGUCAAUAAAAACAACAUUAAGUGCAAGGUAGAUAAACUCUAUAAGUGCAAUGGAGGAGUACCAUCGUUGGUGAUAUUCAAGAUAAAUUAAGGGAAAAGUAUAGAUUCUAUUAGACUGAAACUGAAGAUUAUUUAGAUAGUGACUUGUAAAAGUUACUGAUAAGAAUUGAUUACAUGUUUACUAAUUACAUCAGAGAGAACGUAGUCAAAUAGAAUUGUAUAGCUUGGGUUGACUUUAUUAAGAAAUUUACUACUCCAAAACAAGGAGAAUAUUGGAGGAUUAAUGAUUACCCACUUAUGAUUCUUAAUCUUGAAGUCAAUCUUAGUUUCAAAAGGAGUAAGAAAAAUGAAAAGAAGGUCAAGUAAGAUGAUACUCCACUAUUUGAGGAAGAUCCCACUAAUGCUAUUUACUAUUCUCCAAGCUUACAAUCUAUAUAAGCUGCCCUCUUGAAACCAUUAGAUCUGUUGUUAGAAUCAGUUAAUUCAUUUAAUCGUUUAGAAAAAGAUCUUGUUCCUCUCGUUGAUAUUGAUUAAAAAAAGGAGGUUAAAGGACGAUUAAGAGCCUAUGAAAUAGAAAAUGAUUAGGAUUAGAUUUGGGUUAAGUGGGCAAGAGACAAGAUUUUGGAAUACGUUGAAAUUGGUUUUCAAAAACCAAAUGAAAUGCUUUAGCGUUUUAGAGAAUAUAGUUUUCUUUUAGAAAAACCAGUUUCAAGCAUAUUAAAGAGUUUAUUUGGUGAUAUUUCUAAGAAACCAAUCAUAACAUCUUUGGAUAAGGAUGAGAUCCAAAAAAAAUUGAAUGAUUUUAUCAAUGCUAAAUUGUAAAUACAAAGGUUGUGUUUGGAUGAAAAGAAUGAAUAAUUCUUUUAGAUAAAAACAAGAAUUGCAAAGGAAAAUUUAAUUUAAAAGGCAAAUGAAUUUGUGUCUUCUAUUUUGAAACAAUGCUCAGAAAUAGUGACAGACAACAUUAGUCGUCUUAGUGUUGAGUAUAAUGAUAUGAGUGAAAGAAUUACAAAGCAACCAAAAAAUGAGGCAGAAUUAGUAGAAUUAAAGACCUACAUCGCUGAACAUGAAGUUAAUUUAGCCAAAAAGAAAUAAGAAGUAGAUUGCCUAUAUGAUUAUUUGACAAUAUUUGAGGAAAUGAACCAUACAUUUGAAGACAAAAACCUUUAUGAAUUUUGGAAUUUGUAUAGUUUCCCACCAGAAAUUAAGAAUCAUGUCAUUGAAGGAUAAAGAAAAGCAAAUCUUUAGGAGUAAAAGUUCAUAGAAAAUUUGGAUAAUGAAAAGGAUAAGUUUCAAGGCGAAUUGAGAGAAUUAGCUGAGUUAUAUCUCACAGUUUAGAAAUUCGAUGAUUACACCAAAGCAAAGGAAAAUGCCACUGAAGUGAUGUUAUUAAAUGAAAGAUUAUAGAAGGCUAAGGAGAAAGUAGAAUCCUUCAAUGAGAGAGAAAGAUUAUUUAAAUCCCCAGAAUCUGUCUAUGAUGAAUUGGAAUAGUUAAUUAAGAACUUUGCUAUUUAUUAUAAUUUAUGGACUUAUUUCAUUGAAUUUGAAAUGGAAAAGGGAGAUUGGUGUACUGGUUCAUUUUUAAAAUUGAACUUUACUGAAAUAGAUUCUAAGGUUAGAACUAAUUAAAGAAAUGUCAAUAUACUCAUUAAGGCAUUCUCAGAUACAGGAGAUGAUACUGCUGUAGAAGUGGCUAGAAAACUCAAGAGCCAGAUUGAUGAGUUUAAAGAAAAGUUGUGGUUAAUUGAAUUACUUACGACAGAGGCCAUGAAAAUUAAAUUGAAUAUGUGGAAGGAUAUUUGGAAGAUUGUUGGAAUUGUUGAUUAAGAAACAAAUGAUGACCUAUCAUUAGAUACACUUGUCUCACAUGGUUUGAUGAAUCAUAGAAGUGACAUUGAGGAAGUAUCAAGAAGGGCUGAAAAACAAUGGUAAAUUGAAAAGAAUCUGAAUUUAAUUCAAGAAAAGUUGAAAGAUUAAAAGGUUGAGAUGAUCCCAUACAAGAAGACUGGAACUUUUGUGUUAAAGUCUCUUGAAGAAGUAGUCCAAUGUUUUGAUGAUCAAUUCAACAUCUUAUUGAUGCUAAAGGCACAACCAUAAAUAAAGGCAGUCUUACAUAAGGCUUAAGCCUUAGAAUACAAGAUAGUAUUGAUUUAAGAUACCUUGGAUGGAUGGAUAAAAUGUUAAAGAGGUUGGAUGUAUUUAGAACCAAUCUUUACGUCAGACGACAUAAAGAAGAAAAUGCCUUAAGAAACAUUAAAGUUUUAGAAGGUGGAUUCGCAUUGGAGAACAGUCAUGGAAUAAUUUAGCAAAGAGCCAAAUUUAUGGGAUGGAGUAGAGAGUGAUAAGAUGAAAAAUGAAUUUGAUUAAGAUAAUAAAGCUUUAGAUUAGAUUUAGAAAUCUUUGAGUGAGUAUUUAGAAACUAAACGUAAUUCUUUUCCAAGAUUUUACUUUUUAUCAGAUGAAGAAUUGUUAGAAAUUUUGGCAUAAACUAAGGAUCCUGAAACUGUACAAAAGCAUAUUAAUAAAUGCUUCGAAGCCAUCAAUUUAUUGGAAUUUGUCAAUGGAUAAGAGGUUGUUGCGAUGAUUUCAGCUGAAAAAGAGAAAGUACCUUUUUCAAAAGCUAUAAAUGUAAAUGAGGGAGAUAAAAAAGGAAAUGUUGAAAAAUGGCUUUGCGAAAUUGAAGCAGUUAUGAUAGACACUCUUAAAAAGAUUAUGAAGGCAUCUCAUUUGGAUGUAGAUACUAAAAGAGUGGUUUGGGUUAGAAAAUGGCCAGCAUAAAUAGUGUUAGCUGUUAAUAUGAUCAGAUGGACUAGAGGUAGUGAAACCUCAAUAAAUGAUAAGGAUAAUUCUCAUGGGGGAUUGGCAGGGUUCUUAUAAUAAUUAAUAAAUGAACUUAGAGAUAUAGUAGAUUUAGUUAGAUAGGAUUUAUCUCCUUUAGAGAGAUUAACAUUGGGAGCUUUGGUUGUGUUGGAUGUUCAUGCAAGAGAUGUUAUCAGAUAGUUGGUUAAAAUUGGUUGCAAUGAUAUUAAUAAUUUCUAAUGGAUGGCAUAGUUAAGAUAUUAUUGGACUGAAUAGGUAAUGAAAUGUAACGUAAGAAUGAUAAACGCUGAUUUACUCUAUGGAUAUGAAUAUUUGGGUAAUAGCAUGAGAUUGGUUAUUACACCUUUGACAGACAGAUGUUAUCGUACUUUGAUGGGCGCAUUCCAUUUAUAAUAUGGAGGUGCACCUGAAGGUCCUGCAGGAACAGGUAAAACAGAAACAGUCAAAGAUUUAGCUAAGGCAUUAGCAGUCUAAUGUGUUGUGUUUAAUUGCUCUGAUGGUUUGAAUUAUUUAGCUAUGAGUAAAUUCUUUAAAGGGUUGGCAAGUUCAGGAGCAUGGUGUUGUUUUGAUGAGUUUAAUCGUAUUGAUUUAGAAGUGUUAUCAGUUAUUGCUUAAUAAGUACUUACUAUCUAAGAUGCUAUCAAACAAAAGAGACCAGAAUUUGAAUUUGAAGGAACUCCAAUUAAACUUGUGCCUUCCUGCGCUAUCAAUAUCACAAUGAAUCCAGGGUAUGCUGGAAGAUCUGAUUUACCUGACAACUUAAAAGCUUUAUUUAGACCAUGCGCUAUGAUGGUUCCAGAUUACGCAUUGAUUUCAGAAAUCUAUUUAGCUUCAGUAGGAUUUCAAGAUGCAAAUAAUUUGGCUCGCAAAAUUGUUGCUUCACUCAGAUUAUCGUCAGAAUAAUUAUCAUCAUAAGACCAUUACGAUUUUGGUAUGAGAGCUUUGAAAGCUAUUUUGACAGCUGCAGGUAAUUUAAAAAGAGUCAUGAAUGAUAUUGAGGAUAUUAUCUGUUUGAGAGCACUUAUGGAUGUCAAUAUUCCAAAGUUUACAAUUAAUGAUGUACCUCUAUUUAAUUCAAUUACUUCUGAUCUCUUUCCAGGAAUUAAGUUACCAGAAUAAGACUAUGGAGCAUUGGAAACAGCACUCAAAAACAUAGCAUAAGAGAUAAAUAUUUAAGCAGAAAAAGGUUUCAUUGAAAAAUGUAUUCAAUUAUUUGACACCAUCAAUGUUCGACAUGGUUUGAUGAUUGUAGGAUAGGCGUUUGCAGGUAAAUCUAAGGUCUUGGAAUGCUUGGCCAAAGCAAUGUCAUCAUUAAAUAAAAUACAAUCAUUUGUGAAUGUUGCUGUGCUUAAACUGAAUCCAAAAUCAAUCACUUCAGAUUAAUUGUAUGGUAAAUUGGAUCCAGAUACAAAAUCAUGGACUGAUGGAGUCAUUGCAAUUAUUAUGAGAUAGUGUGCAUAAGAUGCAGAAAUCGAAGAAAGAAAAUGGGUUGUAUUUGAUGGACCUGUUGAUGCAGUUUGGAUUGAAAAUAUGAAUACAGUAUUGGAUGAUAAUAAGAAAUUAUGUUUGACGUCAGGUGAAAUCAUUAAGAUGACAAAUUGGAUGACUAUGAUGUUUGAAGUAGAAGAUCUGGCUGUUGCAUCUCCUGCCACUGUUAGUCGAUGUGGUAUGGUCUUUUUGGAGACAUAAUAAAUUGGAUGGUAUGCUUUAGUGAAAUCAUAUAUACAAACAAUUCCAGAGAAAUUUAUAGAACAUCAUUACUUAGAUGAUUUGUUGAGAGUUCUGAUUGAUUGUUGCUAGGAAUGGUUGAGAAAGAAUGGGAAAUUCCCAAUAUAUAAAAGUGAAAUGACUUUAGUCAAAAAUAUGUUACUCAUUUUGCAAACGUAUGUAUAGGAAUGGACAGAUAUGGAUGACAAGGCUUCACAAAAAUAAAUUAAUCAUAACGAAGUUAAGGAUAUUAUCUCAAAGGCCAUAUUAUUCUCUUGUGUUUGGAGUUUUGGAGCUGCAAUUGACGAAGUGUGUAGAAAACAAUUCAAUUAGUUUUUAAUUAAAUUAACUUCAUCAGAAGAUGUUUAAGAUUCCUAUAAGUUGCAAUUACAGUAUAAAUUCUAGCCAAUCUCAAUAAAUGCUAAAUUACCAGAUAAAGCCAAUCUAUUUGAUAUGGUUUAUGAUAGAAAUAAAAAUAAUUUCAUAAGUUGGACUUAAACCUAACCACCAUUUAUAAUUCCAAAAGGAUGCGAGUAUCACGAUUUACUAAUUCCUACUAGUGAUUCAAUCAGAAAUAAUUACUUCCUACAUUUAUGUGUGAAAAAUAAAAUACAUCUUCUUGUAUCUGGGCCUACUGGUACUGGUAAAACAUCUAAUAUUGUGAGUGAAAUCAAUAAAAAUUAUUUUAACGCAGAAUAUACAAAUUUGAUAACAGCGUUUUCAGGUUAGACCUUAGUAAAUUAGGUUCAAAAAACUAUAGAAGCUAAAGUAAAUUCAAGAAGAAGAAAAGGGUACUUUGGACCAGAAGAAGGGAAAAAGUACAUUGUAAUCUUUAUUGAUGAUUUGAAUAUGCCAGCAAAAGAAAAGUAUGGUGCACAACCUCCUAUUGAAUUGUUAAGAUAAUGGAUGGAUACUGGAGGAUGGUAUGAUUUAGAAACGAAGGAACCUAAAUACCUUUAAGGAAUUACAUUUAUUGCAAGUAUGUUGCCUCCUACUGGUGGUAGAAAUGUAGUCAGCAUGCGAUAUUUAAGACACUAUGUCCUCUUAUAUGUGGAACCAUUCGAAGGAGAUUCUUUACAGAGGAUAUUUCAGAAUGUGUUGGAAUGGUAUUAUGCUCGACAAACAAAUCCAUUUAUGAAAUCAAUUACAAAUCUCAGGGAUUAAACAGUGAAUGCCACUCUAGAUAUUUAUUAAUUAAUUUAAACCUGUAAAGAACUUUUGCCUACUCCAGCUAAAUCUCAUUACAUUUAUAAUCUUAGAGAUAUCAGUAAAGUGUUCUAAGGAAUUUCAAAAGGAAUAAUCAAAUCUUUUAGAGACGAAAACGAUUUCAUUAAGUUAUGGGCACAUGAAUGUCAACGAGUAUUUUAGGAUAGAUUGAUUAAUGAAGAUGAUCAAGGAACUUUUGAUAAGAUUCUAAAGGAAACCAUUCUGAAACACUUCAAGCGAGAUUGGAAACAAUUAGUGUAAAUUGAACCACUUUUAUGGGCAUCAUUUGUUCCCACUCUCUAUCCUGAUGAUGAUAAAACAAAGAGACCUAUGACUGACAUCUAUUGUGAAUUGACAGAUAGAGAGACACUUAAGAAAGUAUGUCAAGAGUAAUUAAAUGAAUACAAUUCUCAGUACACAAGCAAUAGAAUGGAAUUGGUGUUAUUUAUGAAUGCAAUCCAACAUGUGCUUAAAAUAGUGCGUGUUGUUAAUACUACAUUCGGUCAUGCAUUAUUGGUUGGAGUUGGAGGAUCUGGAAGAAAGAGUUUGGCUUAAUUGGCUUCAUUCAUAGCAUUUCAAAAUGAAACGUUGCAAGUGGAUUCAAGAAAUUGGGUAGAAGAAUUGCAGAAGGUUAUGAAGAUGGGAGGAAUCGAUCAAAAAGAAUUUGUGUUUAUGUAUUCAGACACUUAGAUAAUCAAGGAAUCGAUGGUUGAGGAUAUUUGUAAUAUCUUGAAUAAUGGUGAAGUGCCUAAUCUAUUCCCACCUGAGGAGAAGAGUAAAAUCAUUGAAGAAAUGAGCAGUUAUACUUCUGGCACACCAAAUGAAAAGUACAGUUACUUCGUUCGGUAAUGUAAGAAGAAUUUACAUCUUGUGAUAUGUAUGUCACCUGUUGGAGAGGCAUUCAGAAGAAGAUUGCGUACUUUUCCAGCUUUGGUUAAUUGUACAACAAUUGAUUGGUUUUUACCAUGGCCAGAAGAAGCUCUUAGAUCAACUGCUGAUGCAGUAUUUACAAGAGACAUGAACAUCACUGAUACCAAAUUGAGAUAAGGCUUAGUGGAUAUAGCAGUCGAUAUGUAGAUGAGAGUCUCCGAUCUAACCAAAAGAUAUUAUAAUGAAUUAAGGAGAUACUAUUAUGUUACUCCAACUUCGUAUUUGGAAUUGCUUAACACUUUUAAGAGACUGAAAUCAGAUAGAGAUCAAAAUAUGAUUAAGUAAAUAUCUCGUUAUGAGGCAGGUGUUGAUAAGAUUAUCAUUACUGAGAGUGAAGUAAGUAAAAUGCAAAAGGAAUUAGAAGAUUUAUAACCAAAAUUGGAGUAGGCUACUAAGGACAAUAGUAUAAUGUUGAUUAAUUUGUAAAAGAAAUAGAAAGAAGCUGAUGCAAGAAAAUAGAUUUGUCAAUAAGAAGAGAAAGAUUGUAAUGUGCAAAGAGAUGCUGCAAAUGCCUUAAGAAAUGAUUGUUAAAAUGAUCUGGAUAAAGUGUUGCCCAUUCUGGCUUAAGCUGCAGAGGCAUUGGAAAAGAUUGAUAAAAAUGAUAUGGUUUAAUUGAAAUCGUUUCCUAAGCCUCCCCCUUCCGCAGCUAUCGUCAUGGAAGGAUUAUGUUACAUCUUCUAAGAGGAUCAAAAUGUGCCUUGGAAACCUAAGGAACCAGGAUCCAUAGAAAAAGUAUAAGAUUUUUGGGAGUAUUCCAAAAAGAAUCUUUUGAAUGACAAGUUGAUCAAGAGAAUUAAAGAUUUCAGAGAUGAUGCAAUUAGAUAAAUUCCUCAAGCCAAGAUCAAUAAAUUAAAAGCAUUUUCUCAAAACCCUUUGUUUUAGAAGGAUAAGGUAUUUAAUGCAUCUGUUGCAGCAGGUAAUCUAAGUUUAUGGGUUCGUGCUGUUGUAGAAACAUAUGAUGCUUUGUUAGUUGUGGAUCCAAAGAGACAACAAUUACUUGAAGCAGAAACCAAAUUGAAGGAAGCAGAAGAAACUCUAAGGGUGAAGUAAGAAGCAUUGCAGGAAGUGCUUGACAUGUUGGCUAAAUUGGAGGCAGAAUAUAAUAAGGCGAAAUAAGAGAAAGAGGAUUUAGAGGCUAAGGUCAACAAGUGCAAAAUCUAAUUGAGUAGAGCAGAGAAAUUAAUUACUGAAUUAGGAGGAGAGAAGGAGAGUUGGAAGAAGAAGGCUGCUGAUUUUAGAGUUGAUUCUAAAACAAUCGUUGGUGAUUGUAUACUAUCCUCAGGAAUCGUGGCAUAUUUGGGAGCAUUUCCUAUUGCCUAUAGAGAUGACACUAUAAAAGCAUGGCAAGGAUUAUUAGUUAAAUUGAAUUUGGAUUAUGAUCCAGAUUAUUCAUUACAAAAGAUAUUAUGUGAUCCAAUCACGAUGGGAUAAUGGACAAAUGUAUAAAAGCUACCAAAUGAUUCAUUUUCAAUCGAUAAUGCAAUCAUCUUAAAAAAUUCUACAAGAUGGCCCUUAAUGAUUGAUCCUUAAACCUAAGCCAAUACUUGGGUUAAGCAUAUGGAGAUGAAACAUGGAGAGAAUUAAUCGUUGGUGAUUGUGAGACCCACACAAUCUUAGAAUGUAUUAUCUAAGACAUUGGAAAGUGCUUUACAAUUUGGUCAAAGUGUGUUAUUAGAAAAUGUAGGAGAGAGCAUAGAUGCUAUUUUUGAAUCGAUUUUACAAUAAAAAAUUAUCAAGUAAGGUUCAGCAUAUAAAUUAAAAUUUGGAGAUAAAAUGGUUGAUUAUUCAAGAGAUUUCAAAUUCUACAUGACUACCAAAUUAGCCAGACCUCAUUAUCCGCCUGAAAUCUGUGUCAAGGUCACAAUGCUAAACUUCUAAGUUACUUAGGAGGGAUUGGAAGAUCAGAUGUUAAAUAUUGUUGUAAAGAUAGAGGAGCCAGCUAAAGACGAACAAAGAUAAAGGAAUAUUAAGGAAUUUUUUGAAAAUAAGAAUAAACAAAAGAUGACUGAAGAUAAUAUCUUAUAAUUAUUAUAGGAGUCCAAAGGAAAUCUACUGGAUGAUGAAGUAUUAAUUGAUACACUCCAAAGAUCUAAAGCAGAAUCAAUAACCAUUUAAGAUAAAUUAAAGAAGUAGGAAUAGGAUAGAGAACAAUUCAAUUAGAUUCGUAAUUUCUACAGAGAAGUGGCAAAGAGAGUUGCUAAUUUAUAUUUUGUUGUGUUGGAUCUUUCAUUAAUUGAACCAACUUAUCAAUGGUCUUUAGAAUUCUACAUUAUACUAUUUGAAAGAGCCAUCAGAGAAUCAAUUUAAGGAAAAGAGAAUAGAAGCAAAAAUAUAAUAGAUAAAUUUUAAAUAUCUUUAUAUGAGAGUAUUUGCAGGUCUCUUUUGGAGAAAGAUAAAUUAAUCUUCUCCUUCUUGAUGACAAUGAAGGUGAUGUAAAGUGAUGGCAAAAUAACUCCUUAAGAGAUUCGUUUCACUAUGGUGGGAGGAACCUACACAGAUCCCACAUAUCAUUAACCAUAAUAGGCAGAAUGGAUUUCUAAGAAGAUGUGGUGUUUGAUAACUGAGGCAGCAGAUGUAUUGGCAUGUUUCAAAGGAUUGCCUGAAUCAGUUACGAAGAAUCUUGAUGCAUGGCAAGAGAUUUAUGAUAGUUCUGAGCCGCAAACUCAAAAGUUACCAGAACCCUGGGCUACAAAUCUAUCAGCCUUUUAGAAAUUAAUAAUUUUGAGAAUUAUAAGACCAGAUAAAUUCGCUAAUGCAACACAGAAUCUUAUUAUUACAGAGAUGGGUAAGUAAUUCAUGGAUCCUCCUCCUUUCAAUCUGGAAUAUGCCUAUAAAGAUGCAGAUGCUUUCACACCUUUGAUUUUCAUUUUAUCUCCUGGUGCAGAUCCUCGUUUGGAAAUAUAGGCUUUGGCUGACAAAUUUGGGUUUAGAUAAAACUUUAUCCCCCUCUCUUUGGGUCAAGGAUAAGGAGAAAUCGCAACUAAUGCUAUAAAAGGAGCUGUGAAAGAUGGUAAAUGGGUAUUGUUAUAGAAUUGUCAUCUUGCUCCGUCAUUUAUGCCAGAAUUGGAGAGAAUUCACGAAUAGGAAAUAUGUGCUAAGCCAGAUGUGAAUACAGAUUUCAGAAUAUGGUUAACUUCAAUGCCAUCUAAUGUAUUCCCUGUGACUCUUUUAAUGAAAGGCAUUAAGAUGACUUAUGAACCACCCAGAGGAUUAAAAAAUAAUAUGCUAAGAAACUUCUCAUCAAUUGAUGCCAAAAGUUUUGAGUAAUGCAAGAAACCAGUCGAAUGGAAAAAAUUAUUCUUUGGAUUAAACUUCUUCCAUGCUGUUUGUUUAGAAAGACGUAAGUAUGGACCUCUUGGUUGGAACAUUCCUUAUGAGUUUACAUCAGCUGAUUUGGCAAUAUCAGUAUCUCAAUUAAGGAAUUUCCUUGAUACAUUUGAAGACAUACCAUGGGAGGCUCUCAAUUAUAUGGUUGCUGAAGCCAAUUAUGGAGGUAGAGUUACAGAUCCAAAGGAUAGAAGAUUAAUUGCCAUUCUACUCAAAUAAUUCUAUACGACUGAUGUACUAUAGAUUGACAAACAUAAAUUGAGUCCAAGUGGUACUUAUUACAUUCCUCCAAAUGGGGUUCUAGAAGACUACAAAGAGUACAUUAGAAAUUUACCUUUAAAUGAUUAAACUGAAGUAUUUGGACUACAUGACAAUGCAGAAAUCUCCUCAGCUAUUAUUGAAACCAAUUUCAUAACAUCGACGAUAUUAUCAUUACUUCCAAGAUCAACUGGGGGUUCAGGAGCAUCCGCAGAGGAUCUUAUAAAAGAAAAGUGUAAAUAAAUUUUAGCUAAAUUGCCUAAACGAUUCAAUGUUGAAGAGGCUGCUCGUAAACAUCCAGUUUAAUACAAUCAGAGUAUGAACACAGUAUUGCAAUAAGAAUUGAUUAGAUUCAACAAAUUAUUAUAAGCAGUGACACAAUCUCUGAUUGAUUUAGGCAAGGCAAUUGAUGGUUUGGUUGUGAUGAGUGCAGAUUUAGAACAGGUUUUCAACAAAGUGUUUGAUAAUCAAGUUCCUGAUAUUUGGCAUAAGGUGGCUUAUCCAUCACUUAAACCCUUAGGUUCUUGGAUUAAUGAUUUUAUUGAAAGGUUGCACUUUAUGCAAUUGUGGAUAGACAAUGGUGCACCACCUACCUUCUGGGUAUCUGGGUUCUUCUUCACUUAGUCCUUUUUAACUGGUACUCUGUAGAACUUUGCUAGGAAGGUAUUAAACUAUUUAAUCAUUAGUACUAAAUUCCAAUUGAUACAUUGUCCUUUGAAUUUAUAGUGAUCCCCCCUUCAUCGCAAGAGUAUGAUCUGACUAAACCACCAGAAGAUGGAUGUUAUGUUUAUGGUUUGUUCCUUGAUGGUGCCAGAUGGGAUGAAGAAAACAGAUGUCUUAAUGAAAGUUUGCCCAAAAUUCUGUAAUAUUCAGUGCCAUAUCUCUGGUUAUUGCCAAGUGAAGAGAAGAAGGAUUGGGAUGCUGAUACAUCUGUAUGAAAGAGAUUUAAUUUCAAUUAGGUUUAUGAAUGUCCAGUUUACAAGACCUCCAGAAGAGCAGGAACUCUAUCGACCACAGGUCAUUCAACCAACUUUGUUAUAUCUGUAUAUCUACCAAUUUCACCUGAUCAUCACCCCUACCAUUGGGUCAAAAGAGGAGUUGCAAUUCUCUGCUAGACAGAUGAUUGA